AUGUCCUCCGAUACUACGGGCUCGCGGGUCGAGCUGUUCGACUCGGCCAUGACGGUCCCUUCCGAUUCGGAAAACUACGAGUCGCCAUCAUCGCCCCCUUCCACAUCAGAUUCACCAAUGAUUCUCUACAAGCCACCUUCAGUGUGGGGUCUGAUUCGGGGUGCUGCAAUCAAUCUAUUCCUUCCGUUCGUGAACGGACUCAUGCUGGGCUUCGGUGAGCUCUUCGCUCAUGAAGCAGCCUUCCGACUCGGAUGGUCCAGUACCAAGAUUUUCCCAACAUACCGCAGGGCACAUGCUGUAGGCCCUGGAGUGGAGGUUCGGGAGCUCCCUUCAGAGCGCAGGCGGUUUACUUCUGCGGCGGGCUUGAAAGAUACCACUUCCCUUGAAUAA